AUUUUACAAGCACCUCGACUGUGGGGACUUAAGGGGCUCCGCCUUGGGGACACUGAUUCACCACUUCUGUAUUUCUAAAGUCCUGGUACAGCCCUGCUCACACGAGCUGCUGCACGCACGUGUGCGUUCAAAGGGCUCCAGCAGCUUUCCAGCGCGCAGGUGCUAAAAGUAUCAGAGAGGAGCCUCUGACCUGCCAUCUCGAACCGCACACAACUUUAGUUUGUCAGUUUCUUGGUUGGUUUAAAAUGUUGCAUCUUCCACAAUAACCGCACCCAGAAGCAGAAGUCCAACAGAUCUCCAAGAUUUUUCCAAACUUAGACAAAAGUCUGUUAUGGAAGUGCAUUUUGGACAGACUCCGCUCACCGUUACGCAGAGGCACGGUGGAGUCAAUCAGCUUGGUGGUGUCUUCAUUAACGGCCGCCCGUUACCUCACGUUGUGAGACAGCGCAUCGUGGAGCUCGCGCAGCAGGGCGUGCGUCCCUGUGAGAUCUCCCGCCGCCUGCGCGUCAGUCACGGCUGCGUCAGCAAAAUACUGGCCAGGUACAAUGAGACAGGAAGCAUCAGACCCGGACUGAUCGGGGGCUCUAAGCCCAAAGUGGCCACUCCCCGAGUUGUGCAAAAGAUCCUGCAACUGAAACACCACAACCCCACCAUGUUCGCCUGGGAGAUCCGAGACAGGCUGCUGCUGGAGCAAGUGUGUGACCAGAACAGCGUGCCCAGCAUCAGCUCCAUCAACAGAAUCAUCAGGAAGAAAGUUCAGUCCGAAUCUUGUGAAGCUGUGUCCUCAGCAUCAUCAGUUGCCAUGGGAACAGCCUGUUCCUCCCCAUCCAGCUUUUCCAUCAAUGGGAUUCUGGGAAUCUCAAAAUAUAGCUGCAAGCUACCAGAAGCGGGGGACAUCUCCCGCAGUGUGUACCAAGACCAGUCGUGUUCAUGUUAUGGCACCUGGGGACAGCCUGACCCCUGCAUGAUCUCUCUGUCCAGCUUAACCUCUUAUACAAGCCUGCCAGCUAAUCCAGAAAUGGGACCUUUGUGUCAAUGCAGCUGAAUAAGGAGCCUUGAGAAGAAAGAAUAUUACCGCUUUAGUGCCACAAACAGGAUGACUGCAGAACUUGUUUAACUAUAAUUAUAUUUAUUACUGUCACUGAGAUAGAAAUCUGGAUCAUAAUCGAAAACAUGUGGAAAUAAAACCAAGAUAA